AUGAAAGCCAACCUGAAGCUUAGAGCAGUACAUGGACGUUCAUGUAUCUGGCUGUCGGUGUUUGUUUUCCAGUGCUGCUUCCAACUUAGCGCUUCCUUGAUUUACUGGACUGCCUAUGUUGAAGUCAGAUACUUUGACAGCGUAUCUAAUGAAACUGUGGGCAGUAUAUAUCCUCUGGCGUGCUCGAGGAACACUACUUUCACCGCGAAACACCAGCCAUGGAUUGCCCUGAUAAAAAAAGGGAACUGUACGUAUUCACAGAAGAUACGUGCUGCCCAGCGACAAGGAGCCUCGGCGGUGGUUAUUUACAACAUAGAUGGGACGGGCAAUGACACUAACCUGAUGGCCCAUUCAGAUGCCAAAGACAUAGUUGCCAUCAUGGUUGGCAAUAUUCUAGGCACAGAAAUGGCUAAGCUGGUGAAGAAUGGCUCAGAUGUGUAUGUGGCGAUCGUAGUGGCCAAUCCUCGCGGCCUGUGGUACAGCAGCACAUGGGCAUACUCGCUGUCCUUCACCUUCAUCGGCGUAACGACCAUCACCAUGUUCUACUUCGCUUUCCUCUUCAUCAAACGGAUGUACAGAAACCAGCAGCUCCGGAAGCAAGAGAUGGAGAUGAAGAGAGAGAAUGAAAAGGCCAUAGCAAAAUUAGAAGUGCGGACUCUGCGGACGGGUGACCUGGAGGUGGAAUCGGAGGACGUGAGCUGUGUUGUGUGCACUGACUCGUUCAAACACAAUGAAAAGGUCACCGUUUUACCCUGCAGACACUUAUACCAUAAGAAGUGCAUUGAGCCAUGGCUGCUGGAACACCCCACCUGCCCCAUGUGUAAAUUUCACAUCCUCAAAUACAAGAUUGAUGAGGAGAGCGAUGAUCCACCUUCAUCGAGUGACACGUUCCGUCUCGCUGUGAUCCGGACAGAGCAGCUCCACACAUCAUCUUAA